UAAGGUCUCCAUUGCCAUUCCAGCCAUCGGCAGCUGAAUACGAAAUCGUUCAACAAACGCUCGCCGCCGAACGCUCUGAAGUUUUCAUUGAACCGCCAAAGUGCGCGGACGUUUCAUACUGGUAUAACGCGCGUCGUAGUCGGUUGGCCUUUCGGUUGGAGUGUGCGCAGCAAAGUAGUUCCGAUGGAAGCCGUAAAUCAGUAUUGAAACUUCUGUUAAAAUAAAAAAAUAUUUACGGUUGUUUAUAUGUUAUCGCUAAAUAUUAUUGGAAGCACGUGUGAAAAUCGAUUUAAUGAUAAACUUUGUUUCGCUGUACGAAUUUCAUUUAGUCCAAUUCGCUCCCAGAUUAACCGACAAGGUGACUAAUGCCGCCGGCGUACACUCGAAGACGCAGCAAAAAACGUUGCAGUGGAAUUAACAAUAAAUAAAAUUAAAUCGGAAAAAGGGCGCAGAAUUCAUUGCCUUCCGUUGUGUGCAUAAUUAAUUAAUACAACAUUUACAAUAACAUUAAUAAUAAUAACAAAAACAACAACAAUAAUAAAAUAAUAAUAAUAAUAAAGCAUAUCAUGUCUUGUGCUAUCACCGGCUGAUAGCCGUCGUGCAUGUGUGUGUAUGUGCAGAUAAGGGUAUUUUGUGUCUGCGUAUAUGUGUGGAGUAAUAAAAAGCCGAAUUUAGUUAUCAUAUCAACGAUAAAUUAAACAAGUAAAUAUCGGCAAUAAUAAAGAAUUAACUGGAACUCAUGUGUUCUCCGAUAUAUUUAUAUCCACAACAAUAACAGCUAGUCUUCGCAAUUGCAUGGUUUGCUGUGGGUGGCAGCAGCGAGUGGCUUUACAAUAAACCAGUGGGUGUGCAGCUAGUGCUUUUAGAGCAAAGUGAAUUUCGGUUCCGCAUUUGGUGGUGGAAUUAUUUGCAUAAAACAUGAACAAUGAUAACUUUGGCUUUCCCUCGCAUGGCGAACGGCUGCUGCAGGCUCAGAAUCGACGUAAAUUUAGUUUUCCCGCAACAUUAAGCUCUACCUCUUUAUUGGAGGUGAAUCAAAAUAUAACACGUCGACGCCUAAGCAAUGUGAGCGAUGUUGUCACAAGAAAAUUGUCCUACACGAUCGGCUGGAAGGCAACGCAAAUACCCACACAAGAUAUCAUAUCACAGGGACGUUGCAUAUGCGGUCAGUAUAUACGAAGACGCCUGCGUCGUUCUGGUUUGUUCAAUAAAAAGUUGGGCUUUCAACGCAUACGUAGUGUGCUCGGCACUCCUUCGAUGGAGAUAGUGCGAGAGGUAUUCCCAGCUGUGAUGGUGCUCGGUGACGAGUUAGAGCGCAUGCACCCGCGUAUCUACACAGGUGUUGCAAGGCAAAUUUGUCGUGCACCAAGCGGUGAAUUUCAUUCAGCCGAAACGAUUACAUUGCUGUUAGGUGCCGUAGGUCGUGAUCUGUUUCGUUCUGAAAUCACAUGGAGUAAAGUUAUAUCCCUAUUUGCAAUUGCCGGUGGACUUUCCGUAGAUUUCGUGCGUCAAGGUCAUCCCGAAUAUGUACCUAAAUUGGUUGAUGGUGUGUCGGAGGUGAUUGAAGAUGAAUUAGUGUCGUGGAUCAAUGAAAAUGGCGGCUGGCUUGGCCUCAACACACACGUAUUGCCGGUGACAAGUAAUUUUAGCCCAUUGGAAUGGACGACCAUCAUUAUCGGCUGCAUUUUCGGUUUAUUUGUCUUAUAUAUGCUAUUAAGAUUUAUAUUUUUUUAUAUAGUACCAAAAAUAUAUCAUCGCCUGACAUCAUAGCUAAGUUAUAUGUAGUUACGUAAUUUCCAAUUUUUAUGUACGAGUAUGUGCCCAUACUUCACUAAUUUAGUUUUAAUUAUAAAAAAAUAUUAGAUAAUAUUGUUUUAGCAAGAGAUAAAUAAAUUUAAUUAGUUGGUUUUGUAAA